GGUCAGUGACAUACACAGACUUCAUUCCAUCGAGAAGAGGUCAUCAAUGCCUCUGGUGCGUCGUUAGUAGCACCAAUCAUUCCAGGUAAGGCCGGGAGAAAACUGCCAAGAACACAUGAUACCUUCUUUUUGGCCCGGUAACUCUCUCCUUCUGCCGUCUUCCUAUAUCACUCUUCAAGUCCUCUCGAGUCAUGAUACCUAUACGCUGAGGUUAGCUACAUCACGACGCUUCUGAAUCCCACAGUUACACACGGACUAUGUUUCUUUUAGCAUACGCCGCCGCCUGCCGUUCCGACCAUGGAAUCCUCCCCUUUGACCCAGCUGCUUCGUCCUGACUCGUUUGAGCCGAAAAUCGUCCAGCUCUAUCUUCAUUUAUUCACUGCGCUUGCCAACGAGGAUGGGGAUGAAUCCAUACCAACCGAAGGCUUCUGGAGGGAGUUCUUCCUUCUCAAGCCUGACAAGCUGCGACUCUACGACAUCCUCGACCCAAUGACGGCUUUCGACCUGCUCCACAUGCAAGUAUAGUUGGCCUAUUUAUCUCUGGAUUGGAACGUCCUUGUCCUAAUACUGCGGGCAGACCCAGACACAAGCAUUCUUCAGACGAGCCACCAUAGAAGCCUGCUCAAGAGACGAUAGCCGUAAUGAAAACGCUCUCGAGGUAUGCUCUACACUUCUCCUCCCUCAGCACGGGCAAACAACGACGACAUCGAGAUUGACAACUGAAGAAUUUGACUGCAUUUCUAUGCGCCGUAUUCACCAAGAAAUUCCCGAACCCAAACACAGAUGUCAUCGAAGUUCUUGCCGGACUCGACGCCAUCGACCAGACCAUGUCCGAUAUAGUUCAUGGCCUAGAGUCGAUUAUCCGCCAAUCCACGAGUGACACGCUGCGAACAAAAGCAUUAGAGACGACACUUGCAUUGGUCGCAGGAGGUUUCCACACUAGUCUCGUCUCCUACUUUAUGCACAAAGACCUCUUCUCUGCACUGAUGAAGUACGUUCACGAUGUCCACGCAACGCCCUCCGCAGGCUUGAAAGCCUUUGUCAUCGUUGGCGUCCUCUCCAGUUAUAAUAAAUUCGAAUCACAAAACGUCUAUCAGAAUCGAUUAGAGGACUUUGUCAAUGAAGAGACCAUCCGGCUGUUAGUACACAAUUUUACCGACGCCUGCGCAAACAUCCGAAACCAAUACGUCUCAGUCCAAGAGGACCUCCCUGUCCCCUGGAACCUCAACUCGACCUUGGUAAUGGUAGGCCUGCGCCCUCUAUCGUCGGACGCCAAUAAACCUCUCCCACCUACUGAAGAAGAAGCCAAAGUCCUGUUCGGGUCUCUUCCCCAACAAGACGCGGCGUGCAUUUUGUCUCUAUAUUCCUUCGUCCAAGCAAACUCACUCUUCUCCGCGAACCUUCUCAACCUGGCCCCCACGACCAAAGACAGCAAAGAAACACCCUUGUCCACAUUCCUCUCAUCGACAUCGUACAUCUCACACCACGCCUACCGCGGCGCCCGACAGUCGACCUACGCAGUGUUGAGUCUACUCUCGCUCCGAAUAAUAGUCGAAGAUUCCUUGCUUGUCAAGAAGAUAUGUUCGUCCGAUUCGAAAGUCACGAUCCGUCUCUGCCGCCAACGAGCUCCCCACUUACCGCUUGUCACGUCUUCCAGAAUGCCCGCGACCGCCAUCCUCGACAUCUGCACUGACACGCUGAGUCACAACCUCCGCAAACGUCUCGACGUCAACCUCUAUAGUCUCGCCUUGGGCAUCAUCCUCCGCGUCGUGACGCAUCUCGAACAAACCAAGACCCGCCUGCAGCACCACUGGGCGUACAUCUGGGGUUCGUUGAUCUCCCUGAUCCGGUUCCUGACGCAGUACUCGGCCGAUCUCCGACAUCUACGGGGCAUUCGGGAAGAGCUGUGCGGCCCUCUGGCCAACCUUGCGGCCUUCUGCCUGACCAAGGGUGACGGGUUCCUCCCGGACCCCGCGAGUUUCGACGAGCUCUUUUACAAGUUGAUCGAAGCGUACGAUCUACUGCCCAAGUUCAAGCAGGCAUACUGCGACCCAAACAGCACCACCCAAACCACCGACGGCCGCCUGAAGAGGUCGAUAGAGGCGCUGAUUAGCGUGUCGUCGCACUACCACGGCCUCUUGCAGGCGCAGCACGGGAAGAAGACGCACCAGUCCCCCGCGGCCAUUCAAAGGGUCAUCAAGGAAGGCUACGAGACGCUGAACCUGGAAACCGACGAAAACUUUAGCCACUGGGACCGAUGGAGAGAGAGUAACUGGAAAGCCGAGAUCAAGAAAAUGAUCAGAGUCGCUGUUGAGGAUGCCAGGGCAUUAUCGUUGAGGUGAAAAUAAGAGAGCGAUGCCCCCCGUGAUCAACGUUGUUGACAACGAUAGUUUACACGACAUAUUCAGUAGUAGGCAUUUGGAUUCGGGCUAUAUAAAAAUGGAAAUGAACAUGUUUGUGAUCAACA